AGUGCAAAUAUGGGCUGCUAUAAGGCCCACUUUGACGAUGGAUCUCCCAGAAAGCCCAAAUCAGAGCAACGUCACGUCACUUCAUCUUUUUGGCACUACCACUGCCAACCUGCCAAACCAAAUCAGAGCAACCGUACAUACUCUCUCACUCUCGACCAACCCAACUCCAUACUCUACUCACAACACACGCCGCAAGCCGCGCGCCUGAGCGGGAGGAUCACAAUAUACAUCUUCGCUAGAGCCACAUUUGCUCUUCCCUGUCGAUCAAGUAUGGCGUUAUCGGAUGAAGAGGGCGAGAUUGCUCUAGACUGCGCGACUAAUUAUUUCUUGGUUGACAGCAAAGAGAAUCCCAUUUCAUUUUCAAGUCUACCUCUUAUAUGGAACGACAGUGAGGGGGAGGAACAUGGCCAAAGGGUGACAGCACCAACUGAACCUGUAUAUCUGCGGGGAGCGGUGCAUGAUGGGUGUAGAAAAAUCUAUACCAAAGUUAUUGGCUGGAAGUUUGUAUUGUCUUAUGUCCUUCCCGAAAUUUAUGUGCUGCGCGAUUCCAAGUUUGGGAGAUGGAUAAAGCUCCACAAACCAAGAAAGGGUUAUGAAUCUACUGUGAGGACUGCCCUCAUUACAAUUCACUGUCUCCACUUUAUAAAGAAGAGCUCCAAGGAGAUAUCCGGGGAAGACUUAUGGAAACAUCUAGGGAAGACCUUCAGUACGUAUGAGGAUCCACCUUCUGAAAAUGAUCUUGCGUCACACUUGCAAUUGAUGAAAGAGGCUGCUCUGAGGGACAAAGAUAUUGCCCAGACUAAGAAUCUGCAUGCCUUUCUUUCUCAAAUACCUGGAAAGAGAAAAGCUUUCUGUCAGGAAAAUAUGACAAGGAAGAAAGCAAAGUUUAUAGUUGAUGAUGAUGAUGAUGAUGCCAACAUUGAUGCCCAUAAUAAUUUGAGUGAUGAAGACCAUGAUGAGUUGUUUGAUAACGUCUGUGCGUACUGUGAUGAUGGUGGCGAUGUAUUGGGUUGUGAAGGGAGGUGCAUACGAUCCUUUCAUGCAACUAUAGAAUCGGGUGCUGAUUCUAAAUGUGAAUCUCUUUGUUAUAGCAGUGAUCAAGUCCAGGCAAUGGAUACUUUUCUCUGCCGGAAUUGCAAAUAUCAACAGCAUCAAUGUUUUAUUUGUGGGAGGCUGGGAAAUUCUGAUAAAUCUUCUGGGGCAGAGGUCUUCCCUUGUGUCUCGGCAACAUGUGGGCAUUUCUAUCAUCCAGAGUGUUUAUCAAAGUUGCUUUUCCCUAGAGAUGAUUAUCAAGCUCAAGUAUUUCAAAAUAAAAUCAAAGCUGGAGAUUCAUUCACAUGCCCUGCUCAUAAAUGUCAUAUUUGUAAGCAAGGAGAAGAUAAAAAGUUCCCUGAGAUGCAGUUUGCAAUAUGCAGACGCUGUCCAAAGGCAUACCACCGUAAAUGCUUGCCAAGUACUAUACUGUUUCAUCAAGAUGAUGCCAAUAAAGUCCCUCAGAGGGCUUGGACAGGUCUUUUGAACAAGCGAAUCUUGAUAUAUUGCAGGGAUCAUAAGAUCUGCCGUAAACUUCUCACGCCACGAAGGGAUCAUUUGCUAUUCCCUAAUGAUGAUGGAAAAGGAGGGCAACAUUCAACAAGGAGCAAGGCGUUUGGAAUUCUACCAGAUGAAGAUAAAGUAGAACAACAUUCUAAAGGAACAUCUGGCGAUAUUUUGAGUGGUGGUCCUAUCAACAAAAAUAGGAAAAAUCUUCCUGGAAAUGUUUCGAAACAGAACUUGAGUUCAAGCAGGAUGAAUGUUGGUCCUCCUUCCAGAAGUCUAAAGGAGCCUUCCGCAAUCAAGAACAACCAGAUAAGUGGUAAGAGAAUGUCAAUAUCAAGUAUGAAAAGAAUUCCUGAAAAGGCUGCAGCUGAAAAUGUCCCAAUUGGAAAUGCCGCAACAUUGAGAACUGCAGAAAUGAGACACCGGAUACAGAAAUUAAUGGAAGAAUCCAUUUCUUCUUUUAACAAGGAAGAAUUUCUUGGAGAUCAAAGGAGGAAAUGUUCUCAUGAGUCCACAUAUUUCCAAGUAAAUAAGACAAUUACCCUGGGAAAGAUAGAGCUCUCGGUGCAGGCUAUGCGAGGAGCUGUACAGAAAUUACAAGAAGGAGGUACUGUUAAGGAUGCAAAGGAUGUUUGUGAACCUGCUGUUCUUACUCAGAUGAUCAAAUGGAAGAGGAAGCUAGCUGUCUAUCUUGCUCCAUUUAUCCAUGGUGUGCGUUAUACCUCUUUUGGUCGGCACUUCACGAAUGUGGACAAGCUAAAGCAGGUUGUAAAUCGGCUGCGUUGGUAUGUUCAAGAUGGUGAUAUGAUUGUCGAUUUCAGCUGUGGAUCAAAUGACUUCAGCUGCUUUAUGAAGGAAGAACUCGAUAGAAUGGGGAAAGAGUGCUCCUUCAAAAAUUAUGAUAUUAUACAGACAAGGAAUGACUUCAAUUUCGAGAAAAGGGAUUGGAUGACUGUUUCUCCGGAAGAAUUACCUGAAGGAUCUAAACUGAUCAUUGGCCUAAAUCCUCCUUUCGGGGUCCAAGCAUCCCAUGCCAACCAAUUCAUAAACAAAGCUCUAACUUUCAAGCCAAAGCUUCUCAUUCUCAUAGUUCCCAAAGAGACCGAAAGAUUGGACAGGAAAAAGAGUCCAUACGACCUUAUUUGGGAAGAUGACAGAAUCCUAUCCGGCAAGUCAUUUUACCUUCCUGGGUCAGUAGAUGUGCACGACCAGCAACUCGAACAAUGGAACUUGGACACGCCGCCUUUAUACUUAUGGAGUCGACCAGAUUGGACUGCCAGACAUAAACAAGUAGCCGUGGAGCGCAGCCACUUGAUCGAGAAUCAAGGAGUUGGAGCAAGUGCAGUUUCUAACUAUUUGAUGGAAGAAAACCAAGAUUGCUAUGGAGAUUUCUCCAGUGUUGCGGCUGGAUACAGUGAUAUAAACCGCAUAUUAGAAGAAGUUCCUGAACCAACAGACGAUUUGUGAAGUUGACAACUUAUCAUUUACUCUUUUCAACGUACAUUGCACGAGUCGAUGUAGUAGAAAUUGCAGUUUCCAUUUUAGGA